GUAACAUCCAGUGGUUAGUAGUGAGCAACACAUUUUGGAAAUUACAGGAAUGGACAAAAUCUGUCAAUGUGCACAUCUGUCCAUCAUUUCAAUGCAUCAAAUCGGCCGGCGAGACCGGCAUUUUUUCUCAACUUAGUCUACAAUAUCUAUUCUUCAACAAGUCAUUUUAUGACAAUCCACAACAGAAUGAGACAGAAUGCCACUGAACCAGGAGGAUUUCAGCCAUUGGCUAGAUUCUGUUGUUGAGGUGUUCUCAACUCUGAGCGAGGAACAGAAGACAGGGACCGUGAAAGCUGUGCUGGAAGUGUGCGGCUGUGAGCAGCUGACCUACCUCACUCAGAUAUUUAUUCCAGCCACUUGUCAGAUUGAUUUUAUUUCACACCUGCCCAAUGAUGUUGUCAUCCAGAUUUUGAAGUACCUGGAUGGAGAGAGUCUCCUGCGAAGUAGAAAAGUAUGCAAAUCUUGGUACAAGCUUAUAAAUGCCAGCAAGGAGGUGUGGCUCCACCAGUUCUGGAGGAUUGGAGGUCAGGUGCUCAGUCCGCCCAGCAUCACAGCAGGGGAGGCCCAGAAACUGUUCUGGCAGCAGCAUGUGUACAGGAAGAACUUCAACCGACAACUAAAGAAGGGACAGUUUAUCUUUGGUCCCUAUGAUGAGGAGGACACCUCUGAAUUUUUUAAGCUUAAAAGUCCAUAUUUUUUUAAACCUUAUGUAGCUGUUGGUUGUGAAGAUAGAAAUGUUUACUUCUGGGACACAACCCUGGGAGCUGCCUUUUUAGUGAAAGAAAUUGAAGCCCACAGUGUAUGUCAGAUCAAGUUUGACAAAGACUUCCUGUAUACUGCAUCCUAUGACAAUACUGCUGCCUCAUGGAACAUGGAAACUGGACAACUACAUAGCAAAUAUGUAGGUCAUGUCAAUGCAGUCAUGUGUGUCGAACCGGUCAAGCGUCACAAUCUGGUGCUGACUGGGUCAGCUGAUUUGACCAUCAAGAUCUGGGAUCAUGAUUCUGGAGAACUUCUACAAACUUUGGUAAAUCUUCACUCAGGUUGGAUUAAACAGUUACGAGCUCUGAGCUCACCACUUUCGGACCAUUUAGUGGUGCUGUCAUGUGACACCAAAGGACAGAUUUGCGUGUGGUACAAGUUGCUUAUAGAUAUGAAGACUUUCUCUCACGAACAUCACAUGUUGUUGAACGUACCCUUUUGUUUGUCGUCUCCCACAGUCACCAGCGAUGGAUUAGUGUGCAUUCCUGCCGACAUAGUUCUGUCAGAUGCUUGUAAAGGCACAGCCACCAUUGUACAAACUGGGAGAGGAAUGCUAUCUUUUUUCUCUGUCUCAGUGAAAGAAAACACAAGAAAGGACACUCUGGUGUGUUCGUGUGUUCGGAGAGUGUGUCUGCCAUCAAGUCUGUCAGAGAGUCGAACCUUGAUUGGGGCUGGAAGAAGGUUUGCCGUUUUUCAUGUGACGGAAGAAUGUGUUUCGGAGCUAAAUGAUUACUACUCAUCAUCCAUUUCUGUUGUUGACUUAGAACUGAAGAAAAUUUACCAUACUUCUCCUUUGGAUCACUUUAGUCCCUUUGGUGAGCCCCCCGUUCUUGGAGAAACCGAUUGGCUAGAUGGAUUCAAUGAAAGUAACCAUCCAUGGCAGCUUUGGAUCUCACAGAUGAGUGAAGGGCACCUUAGUCUCACGACUGGCAAUCGGCAUGGAAACCAGAUUUAAACUAAUUUAAAUCAAUUGUUCGAUACAUGCAACACUGAUAAUAAAAUAUUGUACCCUAGUUUUAAUUGUGAAUAAAAUUCAGGGUAAUUUUUAGAAAAGAAAAAUAUCAGUACCAGUCAAUACGAUAUUUGUGAAAACAUGUAUAAAUAUACUGUUGAAUCAGUGAAUGUUGUGGCUGUAACCAAUUUCUAUUGAUUGUCAUCGUUCCACAGGUUCAUUGGAACUUAAUACUGUUGAUUUACAGUAUGAUCAAUGAAUUUGAUGCUGAGUUUCAUAAUUCUUUGAGGAUGUGAAUUUAUAUGUGAUGGGUAAAUGAAAUAUUAUGUUUUUUUAUACAUAUUUUUUUAUGCCAACUUUAGUACUUAGAGGAAUUUUAUUGUGAAUUUGCCCCCUUACCAAGAGAGACAAGUCUUACAAUAUAUUUUGUAAAUGUAGUAAAUUGUGCUUUAAUCACUAUAGGCUAUAUUAAAUUUUUAACAUAGUUGUGAACUAUAACAAGUGUUUUACUUAUUUUAACAAAUCCACUUAAUGGUACAUAAAUUUUAACAGUUUGAGCUAAUUCAAAAUUUCACAUUUUUUGGUUAAUAUAUUUUUUUAACAUUUGUAAGUUUACAAAACAAUGUAAAUCAUUACUAUUUCACUUGUACUUUUGCCCUCUAUUUGAAAGGAAAUAAGAAUUAGGGGGUAGUAUGUAGUAAUAUAAAGUCCUAUCUGGACAAACAUGAAAAUUAAAAAUUUUAUCGUAGAAGCAUAUUUUGUCACAAUAAAACAUUAUUUUGUACCAAGAUCAAGACACACGAUAGCUUGUGUGAGUGUGUGUGUGUGCGUGUUUGUGUGUUUGUGUAUGCUGAUUUUGUCACAUCUGACAUGCAGUUCUGUUUCCAUGGAAAAGUACAUAAAGAACUCACGUUUAUCAACAAAAAAUAUUUGUUUGUGGUGUUUUAAGGUUUUGUUUCAUUUGUUUUAAAUGAUAUAAAUACAAUCAAUAGAAUCACUUCUGCAGACCUUAGAGUCUUAGUUUGACCUUUGUUGCCUGCUCAAGGUCAUCGAUCAGUGAAGGACAUAUUUUGUUUAAAUGCUUUACCAUCUGCUUUGACUUUUUAUGGUGAGUUUUUUUACCCAAAGGAUCAAUUUUCAAUGUUCAGCUCACAAUACAUAAAAGUGCUAUACUGUGGUAUCAUCAACUUUCGUUGAAUACCAAUGUUUGGGGAUUUCGUUGUUGAGUUGAUCCACGAAAUUCAAUAUUCAUCGAAAAGCAAUACGUAAUAGCAUAUUAUAUUAAUAAUAUCAUCGGCCAGGAAUUUACAUAUCCUUGAAACUGAUUUUCACUAUGUGAGAAAAUUGAUGCCCACGAAUAUUAGUUAAGCCGCAGCCGUGUAAGACUAUUUUCACUAAAAAUCAAUCGUGACUUCAGAAAAGUUCGAUCAACUUGACUAGUAAUUUUGGAUUUCACGUAUCUUCUUUUUUGCAUUCAAAACUUUAGUCUUGUAUUUUUGUUUUACUUAUACUUAUUUACUUACACUAUGUACUCUUAAUCUGUAUACUUGAGUUUUACACUAUGAUACCGAUCUGUUUCUCGUGCUAAUCUAGUGCUAAUUGCCUUUGUUCUAUUUCUUAUUACAUUGACCUAUAGAUACUACUCCGCGCAUCUGUAUCAUAAGUGAGACAUAAGGUUCUGACUGGAUCGCACGGGUCGUGUAAAUUAAGUAUCCACCCUUUACACACCUAUCGUUAAAUAAAAUGCCUAUACCAUCUAUGUCCCAAACAACGUAGUCGUGUUGUAACCGGAGUAUGAAUAACACGUGCUUUCUCUUGUAAUACUGCCCUAAGGAGUAAAAAACAGGUAACAACGAUAUUCACUGAUGUUUACUCAGUAUUCUAUUCUAUACGUAUUUUUGUGAUUGAAUAUCAAAGUCUCUUUGCAAUAUUGCUCUGAUUAGAAGGAUUUAUAGUUGCGGCAGAUUUAGAAAGUAUAAUUACAAAACGUGUAUUUAUUUUGCAUAACGAUCUGCUGCUCUUUUAGUCUACUGUUGUAUGUUUGUUAAAUAUACGAACAGGUUGUGUACUCAGUGUAAUGGCAUUUUAGAGGCUUUCAGACGAUUAUCUACAUGUAUUAUCUCCGCGCAUAUUCUAUUCGGUUGAUGGAGAAAACAGUCUCGAUCUUGCAACAGACUGCAUGCAGACAUGUGAAAGUUCUAAUACAAAAAUUCACUUUUACGAAAACCGUUUUCGUUUGAAUUUAAACGAUUCCACAAACUACUGAUAAAGAAGGGGGAAAGAAACGUAUCAACACGAUUGAUCGAUAAUACAGAAGCUAAAAUACAAAAUGUAUCACCGAAACUGGGCCAUACUUAAUGAAAUAUUAGAUGACCGAUUCCUCUUUUUGUCAUGUUAAUCAGUAGGGUGCGUAUAUGGUAGCAUAUUGCAACAAUGCUAUUCUCGUUAACUAAGGAUUGAAUACUUAUUUUUGGAUGUCUUCGGUCCUAUUACAUAAUUUGUCUGCAACAGCCUUUGUGUAUUAAAGGACCGACGACAUCUAAAAACUAAGCAUUCAGGGUUUAUAUUUAAUGAGGUAUAGCGCACUUAGUAUACGAUUUCUGUAUAACGAUUUUGCAAACAUCAUACAUUUUGAAUAUUAUGCAAUAUUUAGUUAAAAUAUAUUGGAAGAAACGCAAAUUACACAAUUACCAUGUUAAAAUGGUCUAAAUUAUCUUACACGACAUCAUUAAAAUCUUCAGGGUUGGUUAGGUAUAUAGAGGAAAAUGUUUUCAAUAAAAAAAUGACUAUCUGAACCACUUUAAACUAAAUACUAGUAAAUUCGAUUAAAAUUAUGUUCUACAGGUAUUGCAGGACACGCUUAAGUUGAAUUAGUUUUGGCUUAGAACGUGGUCUUCAUACUGAAAAUUAAACAAAUGUUUUUCGGUUAGUGACUUUUCUUAUACAAUCUUGUAUAUAGCUACACAUAUUUAAAAGACAUCCCAUGAAAUAGUUAAAUGCGUGGCCAAGUAGUAUUGCAUAGGUUUUCUGUGGGUUUUUUUGCGGUCGCUGGAUCGAUUUCAUUAGGUAGUAUUUUUUUCUCUUUAUUACAAUUGAUCAGAACAGAAAUAUUAAAUUACAUUUAUCUAAUCUGCUGGAAUUAUUUUUUUCAAAUCCUCUCGCUUUAAUUCUGAGUAUGGACACACUCUAUAUAAACAGAUCUCUUCAACUCUUUACUUACUGACUUUAUACACCGAGUUCUAUAUAUUCAUAUCUCGAUGGAGGUUUAUGCCAAAUCAGUGGUCACAGACACCAUUAUAAAAUCAGUACCUUUUGCUAUAUGUACCUGUUUCUAUUUUUAGUAACAAAUACUUUCCGUUCAAACACACGUGUAAGCGAACUAGUGGGAAAAGGCGUCAUAUCUUUUCAUAUUGAUGUUUAUUUGCCUGUGGUAUUUAUGUGUCAUCAC